CGCUUUCUUUCCUGGUCGCGCCGCCCUUCAUCAGGUCUCCUCCGCCUUAGCCGGUGAAGAGCGACCAGGCCCAAUAAAUAAUCACCAUGGCUCAUCAAAAGCGUGAAGGCAGCUACGCCGAUGAUGAUAGUACAUCCAAGCGCAUCAAAGGCACCGACACUGCUUCUGAAACGGGGGACAGUGUAGAGUCUAGUGUUUCACAGCAAAUGGAUGCUGAAGCUAGGAGGACCUGCCAAAAGGAAAGCGAAGCACCAUCGGACAAAUGCGUUUCAGAUGGGGAAUGCGCUGCAAACUCUAAGGUUUUGGGUGAGCAGAAGAUGGUAUUGACUGUUGUCGAGGCUGAUGCGGCGGACGACAAGGGUUGCAGGCACACUAUGGAGGACGCCUGGGUGGUGCUCCCCAAUGCUGGUGCAGAAUCCCCAGGAAGCUUGAGGUGCGUACAUUUUGCGAUUUAUGACGGGCAUGGUGGUCGCUUGGCGGCAGAUUAUGCACAGAAGCAUUUGCAUCAGAAUGUCAUCGCUGCAGGAUUACCACGUGAGUUGAUGGAUAUUAAAGCUGCAAAGAAGGCUGUAAUUGAAGGUUUCCGUAGAACUGAUGAAUCUUUACUGCAAGAAAGUACUAAGGGAAAUUGGCAAGAUGGUGCAACAGCUGUAUGCGUUUGGAUCCUGGGACAGACGGUUGUAGUUGCGAAUGUUGGAGAUGCUAAAGCAGUAUUGGCUCGUUCUAUUUCAACUGAGGGUGAAGGUGUGGUUGAUGAGACCAAAAGUCAACUAAAGGCUAUUGUUUUGACAAGAGAACAUAAAGCCAUCUUUUCACAGGAGCGCUCCCGAAUCCAGAAGGCUGGAGGUUCUGUUGGCUCUAAUGGAAGAUUACAAGGUCGUAUUGAAGUAUCAAGAGCUUUCGGUGAUCGCCAGUUUAAGAAGGUUGGGUUGAUUGCAACACCAGAUGUCCAUUCCUUUGAACUUACUAAGAAAGACCAUUUCAUCAUUCUAGGGUGCGAUGGCUUAUGGGGAGUAUUUGGACCAGGUGAUGCUGUCGAAUUUGUUCAGAAUCAGUUGAAGGAGACCUCAUCAGCCACACUUGCGGUGCGCCGCCUCGUGAAGGAAGCUGUUCGCGAGAGGCGAUGCAAGGAUAACUGCACUGCUGUUUUGAUCGUCUUCAGGCACUAGCGAUCGGCCUAAUUCCCUUUUGCUUUCGUCAGGCUGGAAAGAAUUAGCUGAUAAAGAACAAUGUUUGAAGUGUAGCGAGUUGAACUUGGAACUCUUGCUUUGUCUGUUUUGAUUUGAUGUGACCUAUUAAUACACCAUCCAUAUUCAUUUGGAAAUUACUCUAUCCGUCCAAAAGACAUUGUUUAAGUUU